GCUUACAACUAGUUAACCAAGAAACAGCAGGUCAUUACGGAAGAACGGCAACAACAUGGUGAUCAUCGUCGCUCCUCUAGCCUCCUCUCAAAUAGCAACGUCGCUCAGGCAACACAGUGGCACUUUUCCAAAAGCUUCUAGUCAACUCUUACGUGCUGUAUCACAAACUGGGAGGUGCUCAACAAUCGUCUUCGGAGCUAACUCGGACAUGAACAUGAUAUCGCUUUGACGAGUCAAACGCAUAGAUCUCUGAACAAGAGACAUCUUCUGACCGUGCAAUGACUUCCACCACUACGUAUAAGAGAGCAAUCAACUCUACCCAUCAAGUCAGUAUGAAGAUAGGGUUUGCGCUGCUCUGGUAGUGGGGAACGACGGAACUGGCGGCGGGCACGACCGCCGGGCCGUACCUGCACAGAUCCAAGCAAACUUACGAAGCCGUGCCGGAGUGGAAGGCCGAUGCGCGCAUCGUUUUGACUGAUGAUCCCCUCGUUGGAAAUUGCCUGAAACGCAUUCUCAAUCGGGCCUCAAUACUGGGUACAAUAAUGCAUAGCCAGGAAGAACGAUACACGUAAUGCCUCACACCAGAUCGUCCGUGAUUGCCUUACCGUAACCUGCCUAAAUCGCCCUAGUAGCCACUGCCACCUCAACUGUCUAAAACCAUCG